UCUCCCUCUCUCUCUCUCUCUCUCUCUCAGAGACUGCCUCUCUUUCUAAGAUCAGGAAUCUCCAUUGAAUUCGAUUCAAAGAAGAAUUUCUCGGUGACAGGCUUUUUGGUCUCACGUCCUUCUUCUUCUUCUUCUUCUUCUCCGAUACUAGGAGGAUUGGUGUGGCUAGAGGGAGCGAGGACGACUGGGAUGAGAAUGGACCGCCUGCGGCAGUCGUCAGAGCGGGCCGCGGUGGUGGCAAUCGAGUGCGUGGCGGGAAGCUCCAAGGCGGAGGAGUGGUGCGGGGACAUGCUGCAGACCGGGGACGUUGUGGAGGAGAUCCAGAUCGGAGGAUCCCCGGCCGUCCGCUCCCCGUUCAAAGGCGGCAAGAGCGGGGUACAGAAGCUGCUCCACUCAGCCUUCAAGCGCGGGGACACGUCCAUCGAGGUCAGGGUCCGGCGUUGCGGCGGCGCAGCGGCGGAACUCCAGGCCUGCAUCGUGCCCCACGGCGCAGCAGGGCGGCGCCAGUACGCGUUGCGCUGCAUCCGCGACCCCAACUACGCCGUCAGGUUCGUAGACCGCAUGGAGAGCGAGUGCAUAGCGUUGCAGGGUUCAAGGAGCUCGAGGGUGGUGUGUGCGCUGAGCACUGCCAAGCUUCAGGAUGGGUAUGUUCCGUACAAUUGGGAAAAGAAGAUGCAGGAGUUUCUCCCAGUUUCCAACUCAAGCUGCUUCCUCUCGAUGCUGAUUCUUCCCAAGGCAUUGGACCCGCUCGCUUCCCGCUACAACUCCCUGCAAGACACCUUGGCCCGUGCAAAUGCUUGGCUCUGCUCCUCUCAGACUUCAGGAGUCCCCAUCGAGUUCAUGAACGUCCAGACCGAGGCUCUUCUAACCAAGAUAUCUGGGGAGACCGCCUCUGCAACCGUGAAUAGUGGAUCACUAUCGGACCUCUCAAAUCUCGCAAAUGCUAGCCUUUAUGGGUUCGAGGACUACCAUGGGGUCGACAUUGGAGUGGUGAAGGCAGUCCGGCUUUGGUACACCCCAGCCGCUGGGGAACUGGCAGUAGACAUUAGGCUUCAAGAAGGUGACACGAAGUUGGGCUUAACGAUAAGCCGCACCGAAGAGGGUUUCAUCCACAUUUCUUCGGUAGAUGAAAGUGACAAUGAAGCAGCUUCAACACGAUCGGGCCUCGGAGAUCUGUUCAGACGAGCACGGAACUCGUCCAAGCUGCUAGUGAUCUCAAGGGUGUCCAACGAGAAAGUCCUCCCGUGGAUGGUGUCUUCGGCAGGAGCCAUUCGUUGCUUCGACACCAUCUCGCUCGGCCAGAAGCUGUCGUUGCAUAGGCAUGCGUUGAAGCCCAUCCGAAUUCAUGUUCUGCUGUGGGAGCAGGCAUCAGCUGGUGCGGUCGCGCGGUACAACGCGGCGCCGCCACUUUGUGUCCCAUUACCUCCAUCAACGGCUGAACUGCCGGUGCAUCUCGUUGUCGCUGAUGCAUCUAAGAUAGGGCUCGAGAGGGACCCUGCAGGCGACGUUUCAUUCAGGUUUAAUGACAUCUGCUUGUUAUAGCAGCCGAGUCCGACCACUUCGCACGAUCACCUCCUCCAUUGUAUAUUUCAGUUUCAGUGAGUUGAGAGCAGAUCUGUUCCUCCCAUAUAUAUUACUUCUAUAGCUGUGCGUGCGUACGUGUGUGUGUUUGUCACAGAUUAGUCCGAGUAAGGUUAGAUCAUCAGUUACCUUUGUAAUCUAUAAGCUGUAUGACUGUGCUUUGAGUUGAAAAGUGAAGCAGUCAACCUUUCAUGGA